GGUAUCUCAGAUUCCAUUUUACUUAUGCUGUAGAUCUGUAUUUAUGAUACUUUCUGGAGAUUUGAGAGGUCUGAGUAAUGUAACAAGAGUAAGGUGAAACUGCUAUUUACAUCUAUUGAACACCUGAACAACUAAUACUGUAACUAGGUUAGAUGUCAGGUUGGACAUUAGGAAAAGGUUUUGCACAAAAGGGCAGUGGGCAUGGAACAGGCUCCCCAGGGCAGCAGUCAUAGCCUCAAUCUGUUGGAAUUCAAGAAAUAACUGGAUAACGCUCUUAGAUAUAGGGUCUGAUUUUUGGGUGGUGUCAGGAGUUGGACUCCAUGAUCCUUGUGGCUCCCUUCCAACAUGGGAUACUCUAUGAUUCUAUGAAUUAAUAGACUGGAAGCACGUGCUUGCAGCGCUGGCCCUUGCAAACAGAUCACCAGUUUACACUGGUCAAGGAUGUCACUAAUCUUACGCUUAUGUGUACAUAAGCGUUUCUAUAUACACCAAAAUGGUGAUGUUGGUGAUGAUAAAGGCAGACUAAUAGUACAGAAAAUCAGUGUUUUGUUUUCUAUUUCAUUACUAAGAAUUAUGAAUCAAAGAUUGAGGGGAUUACUUCAAGGCAGAGGGCAGAGUUGGUUCCAAAGAAACACAGAACGUUCACCUGCAGUUUGAGUGAACUAGAUAAAUAAAUAAAAUUGGUAAAAAUCUCAAGUGACGCACAACGUAUCACAUAGAUCAGCCAGCCUCUGCUGCCUAAAGCCAUGACAAUUACAUGAGCCUACAGGUCUUCGUAGCCACACAUGCAUUAAAGCAUGCCUUGGACUGCUCUGCCACAUGCCAAGGCAGCAAACGCAGCAAUCCGCUGAGAUCAAGAACGGGAUAAAAAGCACUGCAAAUACGCUUGGUGCGCAGAUCCCAACAGCCAGCAGAAGACAAAUCCCGACACUCCCUCGGCUCCCUAUAACGCUCCCUGCCGCUACGCCAAACCGCGCCCCUCACCAACAACCCACCCCCUCGCACCUCCCGACAGCGCCCCCGGCCCCUCACAGCUCCGCUCUCGCGAGAGCGGCGCGGAACCAUCGCGAGAUCUGGCCCUGGCCCCUCCCCAAAGGCAGGGAAAGGUGCUCGCUCCGAGCUUUCGCUUUUCCCGCCGUUUCCUGCGGAGCCGCCGGGAGCCAACCAGGGAAGCGCUGUACGAUGGCAGCAUGCAAAGCGAAGCGUUUCAGCCACGGCGAUGCGAGCAGAGUGCCGUCCAACUUGAGCUGAAGAGCUGUAGGCAUUGCUGACUUGGAAAGGCAUACACCUGUCUUCAGAAACAGCUUCACAACUAUGCUGUUUAAAACUUAAAGUGUGAGAGUGUGCCAGUUCUGCAAACAAAUCAAAGAAGUUGAGAGCAGAAAAAACAAGAUGAAUGCAUCUGGGGGAACUUGUGGGAGCCCCAGUUCUGCAGAACCUGCUGGAGAUUUCUUCAAGGAACUGUGGUCCAAACUGAAAGAAUGUCAUGAUAAAGAAGUGCAAGGCUUACAACUGAAAAUAUCCAAGCUCAAAAAGGAAAGAUGCUUGGAUGCGGAAAGGCUUGAAGAGUUUUACACCAAGAACCAACAGCUCAGAGAGCAGCAAAAGGCACUUCAUGAUACAAUCAAGGUUCUAGAAGACAGGUUAAGAGCGGGAUUAUGUGAUCGUUGUGCUGUAACUGAAGAACAUAUGAGAAAGAAACAGCUGGAGUUUGAGAACAUCCGACAGCAGAAUCUUAAACUCAUCACUGAGCUUAUGAACGAGAAAAACAGCUUGCAGGAUGAAAAUAAAAAGAUAUCUGAACAGUUCCAGCAACUGCAGAAGGAAUUGGAGGAGCAAAAGCAGCAAGCAAUGGAUGUAGAAGAAGGUGUCAUUCCAGAUUCUCCAGUUCUUACUUCUUCAUUUUCUAUGGUUAAUCGUAUGAGGAGGAAAAAAGAGAAUAGGCAUAUCCGAUACACAGAGCAUACGCAGCCAGAUUUGGAACUGACAAAGAGCAGCCGUGAGUUUCAAAUUCCUCUGUAUUCCACACAAGCGAGCAGUCAUCAUGAAGAAGAGAUACUAGUGGCAGACACCUGUGAUCCACAACUGUCCCCUGUACCAAAUAAACCAAGAAUGGGAGGUUAUCCUGUUCCAAAGCCAUCUUUUAACUUGGCUGCGGUUGUUGCAGAAACAAUUGGACUUGCUGUUCAGGAUGAAUCCGAGUCUCAGAGUGUACUGAGUUCUCCCCACACUAGUGCUGCUAUGAACCAGGCUCCAGAGGGCAUACAUUCUGAAGACUCGAGAAAACAUUCAGCUUCUGAAUCAAGAAAUGAAGACAACAGUUUAGGUCUUUCAGGUCCAUCUCAAAACACUCCACCACGUGUUGACUGGGAUUCUCAAGUAGUUUCUCCUGUUUUCGGAGCUUCUAGCAAUACGCGGAACAAUUCAAGUACAAGUCAUGCAUCUUGUAUUUUAGAUUCUGACUUGAAGCCUAAUGUCAAAAUCAACCUCUUCAACAAUCCUUCCGGUUCCAGAUCUCAUAAAAAUAGGUCAAAAUCUGAAGAUGUUGCUUUUGUCGCACCACUGAAUCUUGGAACUGAAAUCAAUUCAGUUAUCAGCCAGGUCUCUAGCAACAGGCAAAUGGUUUUGAAAAACAAUAGUAAUGAGGUUGUAACUUCUGUUGGAAACACCUGUGCAGCUAAAAAUGAGGUGAUCAAGAGCGAUUUCCUUCUCAUACACCAGAAGCAGCCAGAGGGACGGGGUGCUAAGAGAAAGAUAGCUGAAGAUGAGCAUGUAAUUAGCUGUGAAAAUGCAUCCUUCAACAAAGAGAACUCUGCACCCUUUCGAUCAGAUAUUCAGCAUGUUAAUGGGGAACACACAGGUGAUAAGCCCUUGGAUCUGUCUGACCGCUUCUGUGGAGUUCGUUGUCAAGAGAAAAAACAAGGAAGUGAGGAGACCUGUAAGAAUAAACUGAAGCAGGUGACUCUGUAUGACGUUUUUUUGCAACUAGGGAAGCCCAUUCAUGAGGGUUCAUCGUCAGUUCAGAAUGCCAACAAUGAGAGGAGCUUGUUUGGCAGAGAUAUGCAAGGGGAACCCUAUGUACAAGAGGCAGUGCUGGCAAAAACAUUUGCAGAUACAAAAAAACAGAUCCAAAUGAAAGAAGAAGUCCCUCCCUUAAAAAUAGCACCAUUGCCAAGUACUGUAGACACAGAGCAACUUUUUAAUGAUGUGAAGGUUGCCAGUGACCAUGUACCAAACAGAAAGAAAACAAGGACAGGGCAUGGAGAGUCUGAACCAGCGUCUGUACUUCAACCAAACCCUUGUAGACUAUCAAAAAAUAAAGUACUGCCAAAUGAGCAAGACCUGAAAGAAAAACCUUUAGAAAACCUUCAGUGGAGCAUAGACCCAGGAGCUGACCUUGCACAGUACAAAAUGGACGUAACUGUGAUUGAUACAAAGGAUGAUUCUCAGUCAAGAAUUGGAGGGGAAGUUGUUGAUAUGGAUUAUACAUACGUUAGUGAAAGUGUGCUUCUGAAAAUGAAAAAUCAAGAGCAAACCCAGGAAAGCAGUCCAAUUAUAGUAAGAGAAAAAAAAAUGAAUGAUACCAUAACAGAAAUGUUUGAUCGGACAGCUGAUGGAGAAUAUGAAUCAUGCCUACCAGAAGAUAGUCUUUCUGCAUGCGAUGAAAAAGAAACUGUGCAUGGUGAAGAGCAGGACAAAGGAAUAACAGUAGCAAGCAAGAAACCAAAGAAACAUGAGGAUAAACAAGAUAAAGCCAAACAGAAAGCUUUUGUGGAGCCAUAUUUCAAAAGCGAUGAAAGAAAGAAUACUAUGUUAGAUUUUCCUCAUAUUGAGGUGAUUCGAAAGAAAGAAGAAAGAAGAAAAUUGCCUGGCCAUACUUGUAAGGAAUGUGAAAUCUAUUAUGCAGAUAUUCCAGAAGAGGAGAGAGAAAAGAAGCUAGCUGCCUGUUCAAGACACAGAUUUCGUUACAUUCCACCAAAUACACCUGAAAAUUUCUGGGAGGUUGGAUUUCCUUCCACUCAAACUUGUAUGGAAAGAGGGUAUAUUAAAGAGGAUGUCGCACCCUGCCAACGUCCAAAAAGACGACAGCCAUAUGCUGUAAUGUUCUCUCCAAAAGGCAAAGAGCAGAAGACAUAAAUGAUGGGGAAGUAAAGCAUACCAACCUGAAGAGCGUCUUUCCUGUCCUUAGAUAUUUAUAGUUAAUAUAAACUUGAAAUAGAGACCUGUUUUUCACAAUGAUAAAUCAUUUCGUUAAAUAUGUAAAUUUUAUAAAAACUCAUUUGAAAAUCUGAAGUAUCUACCAGGAAACCAAACUAUUUAAUGUAUGUUUGUUUCAUAUUGUGUUUAAUACAUUUUGUAUUAUUUUUUUGCACCUGUCAAACAAUGAGUCUUUUUCUUUUCUUUGAAGUCAACUGCUACAACUUCAGCAAAUCCCAUCUAAUCUUUUUGUUGUUGAGUAACUUCUUUGAAGUCACUGAGAUCACAGUUCUUCUUGCAAGGUCUAAGUGCCUGUCAGUGGGAACAGAGAUGCAGAUUUUGUAGGGUGCUUCCAUUUUGCACUGGAUUUUUAUAUAUAAACUUUUUCUUCUAGAGAUAAGUUUUACCUUCUUGUAAUAAAAGCGUAUUAAAUUGAAGAGGUAUCUACUGUUAAUAGUUUUGGAGCUCUAAAAACCUGUACAGUCUUUUUCUUUCUUAAAAUGAUGGUUAAAUCUAUAGCGCUGCAUUUCUUCACGGCUUAAAUUAGAAUAUCCAGUUUGUCUUUGUUUUGUUUUAUUUUAAAUUACACUGUCUCAUUUAUUGAUAAGGAGGUAAACAGUCAUACUUCUAAAGUUGUAUAACAGCUAUGUAUUGAGUUCUCUUAGACAAUGACCACUGCCAUCCACUAGAUUAUGAAGGAUUCUCGAGAGGUAUUUUAAAUUAAUUCUUUGUAGUGGGGAGUAUAGUUAAUUCCAUACUUAUGUUUGGAGGGUAAGAACAGAAUGAAGGAGGCCAGAUAAUAUUUUACCUAGGUGGACAGGCAAAAGAUCACUUAACAAUGGGAUACUUAAGAAUUGCAUAGCAUUUUAGGAUAGAAUAUAAAUUUUCAAGCAGUUUAGAGCUAGCAACAGGCUCAACCAAUGGGAAAUCUCUUUAAGAGGAGAUUGUAAAAUAAGCAACUACUUAAAUGACUUAAACCAAAAUGAA